UUUGUUGAAGAUGCAUCGGAUUGUUCAUUCAGCUGUGUUGGGGAUCCCAAGUGCUUGUCAUAUAAUAUAGCCAAAUCUCCAGAUUCUAAUGGUAUCUAUGUAUGUGAGGUGCUGGCCACAGACAUGUACAGAGCUAAAGACAGACUUAAAGCUAAUUCUAGCUUCCAUCAUUUUAGCCCCAUGUCGCCUUGUGAGAACUGGCCUUGCAAGAAUAGUGGAAAAUGCAUUCCUGACUUUAAACAAAAUGAUCAUCUCUGCAAUUGUACACCGGAUUUUACUGGGAAGCAUUGUGAUACAUUUGCAGAUUACGCCUUUGAAUUUUCGCGUAAAGGAACUAGUGACUAUAUCAUCAUCACAAGUAGUAUGCCAAGCCUUACAGCAGUGGCUGUUUGUCUCUGGAUGAAAACCGCUGAUACCGACAAUGAAGGAACACAACUGAGCUAUGCUGUUCCUGGAACACACAACGAAUUGACUUUGUGGAACUAUAAGAAAUUGGGAUUAUCUGUGGGAGGAAGAAGAAGUUCUUCUUCCGUCUCUGCCAACGAUGGAAAGUGGCACCACAUCUGUGUUACUUGGGAGAAUAACGCUGGAUCUUGGAAACUGUUCAAAGAUGGCUCCGUUGCGGCUUCUGGGACAAGUCUCAAAACUGGUCAUGUAAUUCGUGGUGGAGGAGCCCUAGUACUAGGACAAGAGCAAGACUCAGUGGGGGGAUCCUUUCAAUCCUUUCAAAGUUUCAUUGGUGAAAUGACAGGUGUCAAUAUCUGGAAUCACGUGAUUCUUGACCAAGAAAUCGCACGCAUGUCGCAGUCGUGCCUGACAGGGGUGGGGAACGUGUUUCAAUGGCACGACUUCAAGGCUCACGUGAAAGGUUCAGUGAAGAUAAUUAAGCCGUCGUGUUAAAGCGAAGAAACAUUUGUAAGAGAUAUGUAAGCAAUGCGGAAGA